AUGCAAUUGUUGCCGCUUCUACUUUGUGUGGUAUUCGUUUCAAUAGCCCACGCAAAAUUGUAUGCCAAAUCCCCAAAACUGAGGUUGAAUUACAUACAAGUACACAACUCACAAAAUUAUAAGUACCAGCCCUUACUACCCCAGGAAAGGCGAAAACUACCAUUGUUUCCAAAGGACCCUAUGAGAUACACGAUUUCACUGAAACCAAUGGUCAAUAUUCCAAAGCCAUACUUGGAAAAACAAAAACCGUUCAUGAAAAAGUUUGAGGAAAUUAUCGCAGAAAGUGAAAUAAUAAGAUCAAAACAUGACAAUAUUCUUGAUAAAGUUGAUACAGCACAAACUCCAACUGUAAAAUUGGAUGUAAUUAAAGAAGUCAGUAUCGAAAUUGUAGAAGAUGAACCAAGAGAACCUGAAUUCCAAAAUGAUGUCAGUAAAGAACAAAAUAAACGCAGUGAUAUUACUAAAUCUGAAGCUCCAAUAGACGAUAGUGACAAAGAAAUAAUUGUUCAGUUGAAAGAUAUAAUAUUACCACCAAGAACUGAACUUGAAGUUAUGGCAGAAAACAAAAGUGGUGUCGUGUUACCAGAAGAAGGAAAUUUAAUUGGUGAAGUCGAUAUAGUACAAACUCCUAUUGUAGAUGUGGAUGUAUUCAAAGAAGUUAGUAUCGAAAUUGUAGAAGAUGAACCAGAAGAACCUGAAUUCCAGAAUAGUGCCAGUGAAGAACAAGGUGAACUUAGUGAUAAAUCUGAAUCUGAAGCCCCAAUAGACAAUAGUGACAACGAUAUAAUUGGUCAGUUGGAAGAUGUAAUAUUACCACCACACACUGAACUUGAAGCUUUGGUAGAAAAUAAAAGUGUUGAAGAGUGUUCAAGUCAAAACGAGGCAGCUGAUGGAAAGGACAAUUUGAGCAACGAAGGAAGUGAAUUCCAAAAAUAUGCCAGUAAAGAGCAAGUAGAACUAAAUGAUAUGAUUGGUUUGGAAACCCUAAUAGACAAUAGUGAUAAAGAAAUUCAGUUGACAGACAUUAUAUUGCCACCAAAAACUGGACAUGGAGAAAAUACGAAAAUUGAUGUAGUUUUACCAACCGUAGAAGAAACAAAUAAAAGCGCAGCAGAUGAUCCAAAUGAAAAGGACAAUGUUGGCAAUGAUGAAAUUAUUCAAAAAAUAGAUAAUAGCAAUAAAGAUAAUACUGUUCAGUUAGCAGAUAUUAUAUAUCCAUCAAAAAUUGAACUUGACCCUAGUGCAGAAAACAAAAAUGGUGAAGUUUUGAAGAAAGGUGUAGAAGAAAAACGUAAAAGUGACAGAGAAAACAAAGUAGAUGAUAUAAUAGGAAAGAAUAAUGUUAGUAACGAAGAAAGUAUCCAAAAUACAGGUAUAAGUGACAAAGAAAAUACUGUUCAGUUGGCAGAUAUUUUAUUACCACCAAAUAAAGACCAAAAAGUCAACGAUGACAACAAAAAUGGUGAAGUCUUACUAGAUGUAGAACAAAUAAACAAAAAUUCAAAUGAAAAUGAAGCCGAUAACGUAACUGAUACAGCAAUUGAAGAGGAAAAUGCUAGCAAUGAGGAAACAGAGGAUUUUGUUACUACAGAGAUUUACAUGGACCCAGUAAUCUAUAGAAAGAAAAGUACGCUACGUUAA